AAUAAUUCCGGCUUUUACUAUAAUCCCAGGCAGCAGAUUUAUACAUUUGGCGGUCCCCUACCGUUGACAGAGUAUACUUACAAUAAGGAAGACGUUGAGUCUGUAAUUGCAGUCGCAAGGCUUUUGGUCCUUGACCUUAAGGAUGGCAGCACGGGCAUUAAUACUCAAAUCGUCCAAUAUGCCGAAAGAAAUGCGGAUUAUAAUAGUCAACUCUGGAUUUUCGAAGGCGUUGACCAAACACCCCUCAACACCAUUAGCGGAGGACGCAUCAAAAACAAGAAAUCAAUCUAUAUGCUGGUGUCCAAAGCCCCGGUGGAGAGUGUAUCAAAAUUAAUUCAAGUUGCCAAGGAGAAUGCUACGUUGUGA